AUGGUGGAGGCUGGCGCGAGCUUCAUGGAUAAGGUCGAGGCGGCGGCGGACGACGUCGUCGUCGUCGACGGGGCGAGCGUGGGCGUCGGGGACGCAGGGAAGGAGGGUGAGGAGGAGACGGCGCCCGUGGAGCCCCUGCCGGAGCCUCCCGACGACGGCGGGCCCGUCGCGUGGCCCAUGCCGGACUUCUGCCCUCUCACGAUCGAUGGGGCGCUGAAGGAGUCGUUCCUGGAGACCGCGCGGAAGGACGCGGCGGAGAUGGAGCGGCCUGCGCGGGAGGAGGCGGAGGCGGAGGCGGAGGAAGCGCUCAGCCCGGACUCGCGGCCGUCGAGCAGCAAGCGCCACCGCGCCGGCACCGCCUCGCCGUCGUCCCGGAGCAGCCCCUACCGCAACAUCCUGCAGGUGUUCCAGCAGUGCAGGCAGGACGUCGUCGGGCAGACUCCCACCAAGAACUACUGA